UUUUUUUGUUUUUUGUCUUUUAACCACUACCACUUAUUUUUAAAUGGUAGAGGAGAAAAUCUGAAUUCAAGAUUGUCAUUCAGGGAUUAAUACAGUACAGGCGCAAUGAUUACCAAAUGCUGGAUGCUGUUGUUCUAUCUGUGUUACCAUUAUGAGAUCAUGCCAGCUGCAUUUACACCUACCUGGAUGACACGGCAGUUCCCUUGUGAUGUUAUAUCCAACAAAACAUCAAAUACAGUCAAAUUUGACUGUAAAGGCCGCCAUCUAGAGGAAGUACCAGAAGGAAUAACCAGUAAUGCCACACAUCUCGACUUGUCAGAAAAUUUUAUUAAGAGUAUUAAAGAUGAAUCAUUUUCUAAACUGACAAAUCUGACUCAGCUCAAUCUCAACUGGGCAAACAAAUCCAAGGACGGUUAUGGAUGCAGACUGUUGAACAUUCCUGCAAAUGCUUUCAAAAAUCUCACAAAAAUCAAGCAACUACAACUGAGCGGCAACUGUCUGACUGAAAUUCCACGCAAUCUCCCCCACAGUGUGGAAACACUUGAGCUAGAAAUUAACAAGAUUAGCUUGGAUAAAUUACAUGACAACAGUUUUAUUGGAUUAAAAAACAUAACAAACCUGUUUCUAUCUAAAAACUGCUACUUCUGGAAUCCCUGUGGGAAGUCUGUGGCUAUUAUGGAAAAACCCUUUCAAAUACUGGACAAACUGAAUGCUCUGAACUUGUCUUACAACAACUUAACACACGUUCCUAAAGGACUACCCCAGUCAAUUACAAUUUUAGGUCUGGAUUCCAACAAAAUAGAGAACAUAUCUAAAGAUGAUUUCCAGGGGUUGCUAAAUUUAAAGGUCCUUGAUAUACAAGGCAACUGUCCAAGAUGUCACAAUGCUCCGUACCCUUGUGUUCCUUGCCCUAAUGGUUCUAUUCACAUACAUCCUGAUGCAUUUCAAAGACUGACACAGCUGGAGAUACUGAACCUGGGAGGAAACUCACUAAAUUACCUUAAGCCCUCUUGGUUUCAAAGUCUAAAGAAUCUUAAAGUAUUAUAUCUGGCAUUUAAUUUUUUACUAAAAUCUAUAACUGGUGAGGAACCAUCUUUUGAGGCAUUUAGUUAUCUUCACAGGCUAGAAAAGCUUGACCUGUCGUUCAAUUAUGCUCUCGGAUUGUACCCAGAAAAAAUAACUCUUUCACAAAACUUUUCAAACCUCAGGUCACUGAAAACUUUGCAUUUGGAGGCUUUGGUAUUCCAGAGUAUUGGACCAGACACACUCACACCUCUGUACAAUCUAAAAAAUCUAUCUGCUUUGAAUUUAGGUACUAACUUCAUUAUUUACAGCAACUCUACUUUAUUCAGCCAUUUCUCCCACGUAAAAAUGAUAUAUCUCUCAGAAAACAGGUUAUAUCCCACAACAAUAGAAAGUCCACCAACUCUAACAGACAGAUACAACCAGAAUUCAGACCUUUCUAUUUCAUUUUCCAUAACAGCUACUCCAAAAGACUUUAGCUACGAGAUAUCGCACAGGAUAAUAAAGCAAGAGUGCUUUGACUCUGGACGAGUGCUCAUCCUCAGCUCAAAUAAUCUGUUCUUCAUUUCUCCAAAGCUAUUUGAGGGCUAUGGAAAUAUUUCAUGUCUCAACCUCUCAGGAAAUGGAUUUUCACAGGCACUUAAUGCAAUGUAUCUGGCCCACCAAAGACUGCUGGAUGAAAAUGUGGAUGUGAUAGUACUGCUAAUGCUGGAGCCUGUCCUGCAGCAUUCUCACUUUCUGCGCUUGAGGAAGCGACUGUGCGAGAGCAGUGUUGUAGAGUGGCCGCGUACAGCAGCCGCAGAGCCCUGGUUUUGGCAAAACCUGAGAACUGUCAUAAGAGUAGAUAAUCAAGUGAUGUACAACAAGACCUAUUCAAAAUACUUCACCACCAAGUGA